AUGGAAGACUUCGAGCUGUACCGCAGCGAUCGCCAUUCAUGCAUAAGAACAGGGGGCCCGGUACGUUACAAUGGCUUCACAAUUCAUGGCAAAUUUGUGAAGAAUCGACUUCUGCAACUAUAUGUAAUACUUUAUAGCAGUGUUAGUAAUUAUAUGCCCCUUCGGUGACGCAGAGUCCUCUAGCUGUGGACGCACGAAUUGUCACGCACGUCAAAGACGGCGAAUACUUGCAUAACUGACACGAGAUGUAAAUUCAUUCACAGAUGACUACUGUCUGCAUCGAUUCGUUUUAGCGCAGCACUCCUGUCCGUUUUACACCUCCAAAUUGACUUUUAUGUGCGCUUCAGAACCCGUGUAUGGGAGACAGCGGCGGUGGACUAUUCUGCCAUUCGCAUAACGACGACGACAACAGGUGGUUCUGGUACGGAUUGAUAGAGGGCGGAGCGGAUGACUGCAGGGGUCGCUGUGCAGUUGUCGGCAAUGUCAAGGCAACUCACGGAUGGGUGAAACAAAGUGCGCUCAAUCUAGGUUUGUAAUUUGUCAGUUGCCUGAACUCCCCUCUUACUGAAUAAAGUAAACCUUGCCCAGAAAUGAACUUCUAGUGUCGUAUGUCAAAAAACCAAGUUAUCCAAAAAAUCCGAAUUAACGAACUUUCGUAAAUAUGCUCUGCACCUGACAUGCGAUCAGGAAAAAACACUGUCGACGAGGGACUCCUGACGAAUGUUCCACUGACAGUUCAACGGCGUCCCCUGGUUAGAUCUGGAGUCAUGAGUGUUUUGUCUGGCCUGGGGGAGUGACCAUUGCCUACCUGACAAGAUCCAUAGGAUGAACCUAAAUCCAUGAAAUGUUUGUGCUGGCAAAGACCCCUUUUGAAGAGGGAGACACGAUCGUUGGGACAAGGGCCUUAUUAGCCUGACGUUCCGUAUUUCUGCUCGAACCCAUCAUCAGAGAUAAAAACAGAUACGUGUAGUUCAUGCACAAGGGGCUGCAGUCUUUAUAGGAUGCAGUUACCAUGCUACCGCAUACCUAUGAACAUUCAUGGCUCCCCCCUUUAUUCGGGAUCGUUGCACUUGGUGUGCUAAUUGCUUGAUGGCCGACAUUCGCGUCGUUAAUUGCUGCAAUUUCACCACAUGCGUUGGGUGUUGGUAUGAUGACUGCUCGAACAUCUGACGCACCGACCCUGGUGUUGAGAAAAGUGGAUUCGCACACAGACCGGAGGCAACCAUCAGGCGUCUGGUAAUGAAACCGAAAGACCCGCUGCCACGUUAAGAAAUGUCUGCAGUCGUUUAUCGAAUCUGGUGCAUUUUCGGACAAGGCAACUACGUCGGAGAAACCGGAAGACAGCUCCGAACGAGAAUGGCCAAACACGCUGCAGCGGUGCGGAGAAAUGACGCUUGAUCUCAAGUUGCGGCUCAUUCGAAGAGAUCUUGCCACACAUUCAAAUUCCCCGAGACCAAAAUUAUCGCAAGUGGUGACAACCGUGUGAGCCAGGAUCUACUUAAAUCAUGAUUUACUGGCCUCCAGUCCAUUAACAAGUACAAUGAACUUCCCCUUGCUUACUCGGUGCUGAAACUUCGCCUAGGCGGAGUAAUUAACCACGCGGGCAGCGCACAGGUGAACACUUUUCCCAACAUCAUGGUCGGUGCGUCAGAUGUUCGAGCAAUCAUCAUACCAACACCCAACGCAUGUGAUGGAAUUGCAGCAAUUAACGACGCGAAUGUCGGCCAUCCGACUGCCGGCACACCAAGUGCGACGAUCCCAGAUGAAGUGGGGAGCCGUGUAUAGGUAUGCAGUAGCAUUACAACUGCAUCCUAUAAAUACUGCAGCCCCUUGUGCCUGAUCCACCCGUAUCUGCUUUUGUCUCUGAUGAUGGGUUCGGGCAGAAAUCCGAAACGCAAAGCUUUUUUUCCAACGAUCGUGUCUCCUUCAAGUUGACUUUAUCCUAUAAAUUGACCGUGUGCGGUUGAAUAAGAGGUCACGAAAUUUAAUGAAGACAACGGAUUCUGUAUAUAUUGUCGCCUUUGCCGUGUUAUUUGCGGAACUGCCAAUGACAGUAUUCAGAAGUAUAACUGGUGAAACUAGGAGCACCUGCGCAACAAUGCCCUUGGACUGCCCUAAGCUACCAGGCCAGUGCCUGCUAACAACAGCCGAAGCGGCCGCAAUCAAGUUGCGAAAACCAACCUUAUGCGCUCAAGAUAACCUCUUUCAGGCUCCACGCUUACCGUGGUCGAAAGUCGACUAACUACAUACACCACUCCACGCCCCUCUGCUCACACCGGUGUUUUUGCAAUGAGCUUCGAUCGACUUCUUCUAGCCACUCGACACGUUUGAGCUGUACCCUGUACCUAUAUAACUGUACUGAUCUGACGAGAAUUUACUGAAAGCCAAUGUAUGCUCGCCGACCAUUUUAUCAGAACGAUGUAUGAAUUUGUGUAACACGGCUGCGAUAACAUGCGUCAGGGAAUUACAUUGUGAUGACGAAAUAUUUGCUGAUGCUAUCAAAGUCUGCAGUAUCGCCCGAAAUGAAUUGGACGAAGGUCUUUGCAGGCGAAACUUAACUUACUUAAGCAAAGACUAGCUUUUGCCGACUAGCGUAACCAGUUGUAACUUUCUACGAGUCGGCGGGACUAGAUCUCCAAACCGCAUGGUCUACCGCCUGAUGGGCAUGUCAUGGCAUGCAGUUGGUCCCAAGAAGGCCUUGGGUUUGCGGAUUGUAACUUAGUUUAAACCUUCGCUGCACUGCUCAAAGGUAGUCAAUUCAGCAGUCGCAUUUGGAGUUUAAAAUCCAAGCAUGGAAACCAUGGGUUGUUUAAUACCUCAACAUAUUUCAGAAGGCGCAACGGCGUGCAACCAAACUCCGCAACUGGACAAAGCUAAUUAGCGUACGAAAAGUGAUUGGCUAACCUCAGUUUAUUUCCCUUGAGUUAGAAGCAGCUAUCGGAUGA